AAGGGGGGAGCCCAUAAACAUAGUUGAAGUGUGAUCAUUUCAGUUGUUUUCACUCGUGAUGAAUUCUUUGCGCACCCGGCAGUUGUGUUUCUCCAUUUUCUUAAAUCUGUCCCUCGCAUUUCCCAGUUUUCCGCGACGACUGUGCGUGGAAUAGCGACGCUCGUUCACUUCAAUCGAGCCUUGUCCCUUACAUAUUAAAUAUCGCGGAAUAUUUAGUUUCCGUCCCGCUACACGCAACCUCACAAUUACAUGUGUCGCGUACGGAACGCCGCGCAGACACCGCCGCCGGUGCUGUAUUUACACCGAAUUUGCGGUUGUUCGCCGAAACACUGAGGUUUGUGUGAUUUUGCUAAAAUGCAUCACCAACAGCGAAUGGCUGCCUUAGGGACAGACAAAGAACUCAGCGACUUAUUGGAUUUCAGUGCGAUGCGAAACAGCGAUUUGAAAAUGUUCCCAACAUCAAUGAUGUUUUCUCCCCCUGUAAGCAGUGGAAAAAAUGGACCAACAUCCCUUGGAAGUGGACAUUUCACAGGCUCAAAUUUAGAAGACAGAGCCAGCUCUGGGUCAUGGGGAAUUGGAGCCCGGCCCUCAAAGAAUUAUAUGGACGGCUCUCAGUACCCUCACAUGACAAACCGAGACAUGGGAUCACAUGAUGAUAUCUCCCCUCCCUAUGUCAACUCAAGACUAGUGGGUAAAACGGAGAGAACUUCGUACUCAUAUGGAAGGGAUUCGAAUUUACACGAGUGCCAUCAGGGGAGCCUCCUGGGAGCAGAGAUGGGGAUGGGCAGCCCAGGGGCUGUUUCACCCACCAAACCUGGGUCCCAGUACUACCAGCACUACGGUGCCAAUCCACGGCGAAGACCACUGCAUGGAGACUCCAUGGAAGUACAAACAAAGAAAGUUCGGAAAGUUCCCCCUGGUCUGCCUUCCUCAGUAUAUGCUCCAUCUGCCACCACUGCUGACUACAACCGUGACUCGCCGGGGUACCCCUCCUCUAAACCCUCGAGCAGCACCUUCCCCAGCUCCUUUUUCAUGCCAGAUGGCCACCACAGCGCCGACCCAUGGAGCUCCUCCAGUGGAAUGAGCCAGCCGGGCUACAGCGGAAUGCUGGGAAACUCCUCACACGGACCCCAGAGCAGCAGCUACUGCGGCCUACAUCCGCACGAGAGGCUUAGUUACCCGUCACACUCCUCAGCAGACAUCAAUUCCAGUCUUCCUCCAAUGUCCAGUUUUCAUCGCAGUGGAACUAAUCACUACAGCGCCGCUUCCUGUACAGCAACUACAAAUGGAACAGACAGCGUCAUGGCAAACAGGUCGACAGGGGGUGCUGGAAGCAGCUCUCAGACUGGUGAUGCUUUGGGCAAGGCUCUCGCAUCGAUCUACUCCCCGGAUCACACGAACAACAGCUUCUCGUCUAAUCCGUCCACUCCUGUUGGAUCCCCCCCUUCACUCACAGCUGCAAGUACGGCAGUGUGGUCGAGGAAUGGAGGACAGGGGCCAUCCUCUCCUAGCUAUGAGGCACCGCUGCACUCGUUGCAAAGCCGCAUUGAGGAUCGCCUGGAGCGCCUGGACGAUGCAAUCCACGUGCUGCGAAGCCAUGCGGUCGGGCCCUCCACUGGCAUGCCCAGUGGGCACAGCGAGAUACACGGCUUGAUAGGACCAUCGCACAACGGCGCCAUGUCCGGCCUUGGCACUGGAUACGGCACGGGCCUGCUGUCAACCAACAGACACUCCAUUAUGGUCGGUGCACAUCGCGAGGAUGGAGUUGGCUUGCGCAGCAGCCAUCCAAUCGUGCCAAACCAAGUGCCAGUCCCUCAGCUUCCUGUGCAGUCUGCAACGUCGCCAGAUUUGAGCCAGCCGCCUGAUCCAUACCGUGCCCUUUCCACUGGACUCCAGGGCCAGAGCACCUCGUCGGUGAGCUCUGAGAUCAAGUCGGAGGAUGAGGGAGACGAGAACUUGCAGGACGCCAAGUCCCUCGAGGGCAAGAAAGAGGACAACGAUUCCAAGGACCUCAAGCCAAUUGAUAGGUCAAGAUCUAGCAAUAACGACGAUGAGGACCUGUCCCCCGAGCAGAAGAUUGAGCGGGAGAGGGAGCGCAGGAUGGCCAACAACGCCCGGGAGCGUUUGCGUGUGCGAGACAUCAAUGAGGCCUUCAAGGAGCUGGGCCGCAUGGUGCAGCUGCAUCUGAAGAGCGACAAGCCGCAGACCAAGCUGCUGAUCCUCCAUCAGGCCGUGGCCGUCAUCCUCAGCCUGGAACAGCAAGUGCGCGAGAGAAACUUGAACCCCAAGGCAGCUUGCCUGAAGAGGAGGGAGGAAGAGAAGGUGUCAUCGGAUGGGCCGCCCCUCUCUCUGGCCGGGGCCCACCAUAGCAUGGGCGAUGGAACCAAUCCCAUGGGACAAAUGUCCAAGUUGCCGGAGUUCAUCAAAAUGAUGAGCGACCAGUUCCUUUGACGUUAUCCUUUUCCCAAUCAGUCAACCAACCAACCAACCAACCAACCAACCAACCAACCAACCAACCAUCCAGCCAACAUGUUUUCCCCCUGCCCUGUCUUGUGUUGAGAUAACUGCCAAUGUGCAGUGGCUAAGGAAACAGACACAGAGAUCCUGCUUCUUAUGAGAAUUCCCUGUUUAAAAAAUAUUGAGACAAGAGAAAGUGCAACUUGAUGGAAGACUCUCCAAACAUAUCAUUAGGAAUGUGGUAACAAAAUUCCAGAGCUGACGCAAGCAGCCCGCUGACUGAGUGGCAAUCUUCUCCACACUGUGGAACACUUGCAGUUGUGCCUGAACUCCUCUUGGACGUAUAAAUGAGAACAGAUAUGUGUGUGUAUAUAUAUUAAAAAAAAAAAAAAAAAAAUCAAUCUCUAGGUCUUGAGGGGAGGGGGAAUGAAAAGAAAAACAGAUUUAGAAUUUCAAGAAAUUGUAAAACCUGCAAUAAUGAAAAAGUGUACUUCUAAACAGUAAAACAGAGAUAACAUUUAUUUGGGGUUCUGGAUGGCUAGUGUGGCUGCGUACUGGAGAAGAAAGUUUAAAAAAAAAAAAUAAAAAAAAAAAAAAUUAAACCAGCAAAAUGUCCUGACGAUGACUUUAGUGAAUUCAUUGGCCAUUCCUUUACUUGGGUAGAGCAGAUGGACCUUUUGAGCAAAUGGGAGGCUGACGCUAAUGUUAUUAAAUGUCACUUCAUGGCUAGAGGCUGCUUAAUGGUAAUAAAAAAGGAACAAAUGGGCUUUCGAGGAUGCAGACCGAGGGCUUUAGUUUGUCAGGUGGAGGGAUGUGGGGGUUCACGGUGAGUCCUUAAACACCGGGACGCAAGCUCCUACACGGGCAGCUGUGCUGCGCGCGGAGCGGGAGCGGCCGAGAGCUAGCGGUUCAUCACGUUCCUCUUUCAGUCUUACCCGGGUCCUGCCACUUUACUCCCAUCCCCACUGCCCUGGUACUCCCAUUCCUGACCCCCCCCCCCCCCCACACCCAGAGAUGCAACUUUAACAUGCUACACUUCUACCAAUGUGCCUUUUAGAGUUCAUAUCAUUACAAGUGCGAGGAGGACAUUAACAGAACUUUUUAGGAUGCAAGCUUAGGGAAUUGUUAGUCAUUAGGUCUAUGCAGUCAGGUUUUUUACGACCUGGAAUUUAAAAAAGUAAAAAGGAAAAAAAAGUAUUUUUUGGAUAAAUUGUAUUUAAUGUACUGUAUGCUUAUAUGUAAUUAGAAGGCGUGUCACUGAACUGAACGGCCCUGUUUUGACUAAAUUAACGUCACCGUUCCCCAACCCCCCUCACAAGUUGCAGCCUGUGUCAAUAGCGAGCGACACGACUUUUAUCGAGCGUUGUAUUAUAGCCGUUAGCUUUUUAUGAAUAUUGGCUUUUCUGUGAGCCACUGUAGUCUUCAGUACAAGUGUGUGGUUGUAUGUGUAAAACAGAUUCUCUUUUUUUAUGUUUAUCAUAUUCUUUGUUCUGGUUUCUCUGUCAAGCAUCCAAACCACGCAACUCUGCAAUACAGCAGCAGCCUGUGGUUUAACGACACAAUCAACAUGAGGCACUGAAACUGGAAAAGAAUCUUUUAAGAAAAUCUAUAUAAAUAUAUAUAUAUAAAUGUAGGAAUAUAUACAGUAUAUAAGGAUGGCGAGGUUUUCAGUCGAGAAGUCGUCGGGGGGAAUGAAUCAUUCUGUCAGAUGUUGGCAGAAGCAGGUAAAAGGCACUUCAGUGUUACUUUUGAAGAGACUUUGCUUGUAAGAACCUCUGAUGUGCCGUUGACAGCACAUUGACUGUAUGGCAUCCUCCACAGGACAAAAGGGACCGGAGUUCCAUCUGCUCCACUCACUCCUAAUCAGCUGUCAAGGAAACACAGACAUUUGUAAAUUGUAUGCAACAAAUGCAAACUUACCAUUAUUUUGAAAUUGUGUAUGUAAAAGUUAUAUUUUUACAUGUAGACUGUUGUUAUUUUGUGUUUAGAAAUAUGUUGUAUCGGUUUUUGUUAAAGAUGAAAAAAAUAAUUCAGUGUGUGUUGAAAUGUGUCACAUUGAAAAUGUGGUGAAGUCAAAAGCUUCAAAAUUAAUUCUUUUUUAAAUGUUAUGUUUAUAUUUCUGGGAGCAUUUUUUCAGGGCGGGAAGGGGGUGGGGGGUUCAAAAGCAGAACAAAAUAAGGUAUAAACUUUUGAUUCAUGCUCCAUGCUCAUUACAUUGCCAUUUUAAUUGUAUUUGCAGAGAGAAAUUUGUAAAUAGUCAUACCACACAGGGUUCAUGCAGUUCUGGUUGGGUGAUGAUGUACUUACAGAAGAGACACGGGAAUGGAUAAAUUGUAUUAUAAGAACUGUAAUCCUAUACUGUAGGUCAUUUUUGCCGGGUGCCAAAAGCAGUGUUUAAUGGCAUUAAUAUGUGUAGAGGCUCUGCUCGCAGCUCAAAGUGUAAUGUGCACUUUGUUGAACGACUCAAUGACAGAAGAGGGUUAAAUCUACAUGCCAUGGUGUUUGACCUUAACCUUGAGUUACAGUGUAUUUAAAACGUUUUUCUUAAUUAUGUUUUUAACACUUUCGGUGACUUCUGAACUAAAAAUGUUCUGUAACUGAUGAAUACAAUGACUCUUCCUUAAAUCAUUCUGUCAAAGUUAAGGAUACAGGCAGUAGUGGGAUGGAAGUUGGGUCUUAGUCUCACACGGUGAUAGCGGAUUACUCUUAAACGAAGGUGCUUAAUUAAUUGGCUAGGCAUGGGGAUCGAGCUUUGUUUUUAUCUUGGCAGAACACUUUUGACCAUGGCAAUACCAAAAAACAUAGUUUUGUUGAAUUUUGCAUAAACUGGAAGAAAACAAAAAAAUGCUAUACAAUUGAUGGAAAAAUUAAACAUUGUCUUGAAUUGUUUUUCUCUGGAUGAUUGUGGCUAAAUGCUGAAACCGAGUAGCUCCCCAAGUAAUUUGGCCAUUUUUCUUUUCGUUUUACUGUACAGUAGUAUUGGGAAAUCAAGCAUUUCAGUUUUUGGCUUCUCAUCAUUGUGACUCUCAUGAAGAGCAAUGUCACGGUUAUUUUCCUCGGCUGGUUGCAUAAACCAUCAUGCAUUCGUCUAAAAAUUAAUAUUUAGCCAUGAGAUUUUGUAUGUACAUUUCACUGGAAUAUUGGCAUCACAGUAACAUUUGUUUUGAUAAGGGUUACUUUUAUUCUUGUGUGAGUAAGUUGAGGGUUUCUGUAAGAAGCAUUUGUUCAUUUGCUAUCAGCAACAAGGAUUCAGGAGCACAAGACACAUACAGGAAAUCAAAGCUGAUAUUGGGUAAUUUACAGCACACAAAGGAAUUGAAAAUCUGAUUGGUUAAAAUAUUUAGUUUCCUUGAGUUUCUGUGCUAAAUGCAAAUUUUUAAAUUUUAUUGAACAAUCAUAUGGUUCUCUUUGCUUAUGAGGAUGAAUGCAAAACAUUACGUAAGGAUUAAAAGUCUAAUACUUUACACCCACUGCCAGAGAAAGCCAUUCUAUUAAUCUUACAGAUAAAUCUAUAUAAAACAUGUUGGUUGUGACACAAACUAUUUCUUAUUGUGUAUUACUCAGCAAAAUGUGUUAAUACUAACAACCAAUAUACUAUUAAUAUGCAUUGUAGAUUAACAGAAUGAUAAUGUUAACUGAUCCAUACCAUUUUUCACUAAUGAAAUACUCUAAAAUACUCACUAAUAAAAUGUUACAGAUCGGAGACAAAGUUCCAUUUGUCUUCAGUUUAGCUACAAUAAACAGAAAUGCCUAUAAACUAUUGAUGAAGGAUGCAAUUUGUACUUAUCUAGUCUUCCUUGUUGUUUUAGAUUUCUUUGCAGGACUGAAUUUAUUUUUUCUUCCAUAAAUGUGGGUGGAGAGAUUUGGACCUAGAUUUUACAAUUUGAUUGACUAAACUGAUUGCGGUGGGCAAAAAAUUAAUUUUAAUGCUUUGUCUCCAUCCUAAAUUAACAAGCACAAAUUGUAUAGACUGACAGUUAAUUGACUGGGAAGUAUAUAGUAAUAUAUAUGUACAAAUCACAAAGUAUAAUAGAAAUUAACUGAAGGCACCAUGGCUUCUAGACCUACUUCUUUAAUUUGGGCAACCAUUUUUUUUCUUAUGCAUUUUAAUUCAUCCUUGUGCAGUGCUGGUUUCAACAUGUUCAUUUCAAAGUAUUAUAGACAUAUGUAAUAGUGAAAAUAUAUGACCUGUGGCCUUUUUCAUUCUUCUUGUUACUUGUGAUGCAAUUAAGUGAAGAAAAAAUAAGCAGAGAAUUACCAUGUAUCAGUGCCUGGCUUUUUGUUAUAAAGCUUCCUUUGUCUAGUGCUCUUUUGCUAUGAAAUAGACUAGUGCACCCUAUUAUAGAAAACAAAAAACCUAAAUUUAAAACAAAAUAUAUUUGGCUUAUUUUUUGCAGGGGCAAUCCUUUUAUACCAGGAAUAUUGAGGAAAUAAGAAAAAAAAAGUCAGAUUCUGAAUAUUCCACUUUGUAGAUUUUUGGAAUCAUUCAAAGUAAAAGUUUGUUACUUUAUUUUACUAUUUAAAGAUUUUAUUUUACCAUGUGUUACUGAGACGAAACUGUAUGGUGUUUUCCGUGAUGGGCCGCAGUCUGCCGUGGGGGUCUCAUCCGUACCUACAGCAGUGAUUAAAAAUGAUUUAAAGUAAAUAACAGUUACACUUUCUUUCCAACGUGUGGCUGAGUGCCUCAAGCCUUUUUUCAUGUAAUUUGAUGUUUUUUUGUUGUUUAUUUUUGUUUUCCUUUCUUCUUAAUUUUAUUUUUUUUGUUGUAUUUUUUAUUUUGUUUACGUUAUAAUUAUUAUUAUAAUUAUUGUUAUUGUUAUUACUUUUUCAGGUUAGAGUAAGUGUCCAAACAGGUUGUGUGCUGGAGUUUCUCUUCAAGCCAGCUCAUUGUAGGCCAUUGCCUGUUUUUCAUCUGUAGUUAUUCAAUGAAGUCAUGUACAUGACCGUUCUGUAGCAAUAAAUGUGCCAUUUUUAUAACCUA